GCUCCACACUGCCAACUGAGUGGGAGACAGGAACCAGCCAGUGUCACUCCACUGGAUGCUCUCCACCGACAGCUGGUUCACAAUAACAAUAACAAGCUCACCGUCCAAUAUCAGGAUCAUUUUAAUCUGAUGUAUUUUGCAAUACUCAGGGGACAUUUGUCUUUCUGUCUUCCGUGUGUGUGGAUUUCUUUCUGCAGUCUCCAGAAAGUGCAGAACCAGCUAUGAUCUCCGCGUGAACUUGGUGUCGGCUUCCUUCGUGUUUAUCCGCUGAACAUCUUCCAUUAAGGAUGCACGUCCUCCUGUACACAGCCGUGCUCCUGUACCUCAAGGAGUCCGCCGGCGCAGAGCCGAAAGACAAGUGCCCGACGCGGUGCGAUGUGAGUACCUGUCCGAGCCCCGGCUGCCCCAGCGGCUACGUGCCGGACCGCUGCAACUGUUGCCUGGUGUGCGCCCAGGCGGAGGGCGAGCCGUGCGGCCGCAAGGACGACCUGCCGUGCGGGGACGCACUGGAGUGCAAACACCCGGCGGGCAAGCGGCUCUCCAAGGGCAUCUGUCGGUGCAGGUUCCGUCAGGACGUGUGCGGCAGCGACGGGAAGACGUACGGAAACGUGUGCCAACUGAAGGCGACCAGCAGGAAGGCGCAGCAGCAGGCUCUGCCGGGCAUCACCCAGGUCCAGAAGGGACCGUGUGAGAACGGCACAGGUCCUUCAAAUGCUGCCAGUCCUCGUUACAAGUUCAACUUCAUAGCCGACGUGGUGGAGAAGAUCGCCCCGGCUGUGGUCCACAUCGAGCUCUUCCUCAGGCAUCCUCUCUUUGGUCGGAACAUCCCUCUGUCUAGUGGGUCUGGGUUUGUGAUGUCGGAUAACGGACUGAUUGUUACCAACGCCCACGUGGUAUCCAGCACCACGCCGGUGUCCGGCCAACAGCAACUCAAGGUCCAGAUGCAUAACGGGGAUGUAUAUGAAGCCAACAUCAAAGACAUUGAAAAGUCAGACAUUGCUACCAUCAAAAUCAAUUCCCAGAUGAAACUGCCCAUAUUGUUCCUGGGCCACAGUGCAGACCUGAGGCCCGGGGAGUUCGUGGUUGCAAUCGGCAGCCCCUUCUCCCUCCAGAACACGGUCACCACCGGCAUCGUCAGCACCGCCCAGAGAGACGGCAAGGAGCUGGGCCUCAGGGACUCCGACAUGGACUAUGUCCAGACGGACGCUAUCAUCAACUAUGGGAACUCAGGAGGACCUCUUGUCAACUUGGACGGGGAGGUGAUCGGCAUCAACACCCUGAAGGUUGCAGCAGGAAUAUCUUUCGCCAUUCCUUCCGACAGGAUCACUCGCUUCCUCAAUGAUUCCCUCGACAAGCACAGCAAAGAUGUGAGGUCAAUAAAGAAACGUUUCAUUGGAAUCAGGAUGCUGACCAUAACACCAACAUUAAUUGAAGAGCUUAAACAACAGAACCCAGACUUCCCCGAUGUUACCAGUGGGAUUUAUGUUCAUGAAGUUGUUCCUCACUCACCUGCACAGAAAGGCGGUAUCAAAGAUGGGGACAUUAUUGUGAAACUGAAUGGAAAACCUCUCAUGGCCACGGCCGACCUGCAGGGGGCGCUGCAGGAGGAGACAGCCCUCCUGCUGGAGGUCAGGAGGGACAACGACGACCUGCUCUUUAACAUCGAACCCGACGUUAUCAUGCAGUAGACAUCGGAAGCUCUCCUGUGGAGUUAGACCAACAUGUAAGGCCUUAUGUUUGUGAAAGAACGCGGUGGAUGGUGGAAGCUCUGCACCGGUGCACUGGAACCUUUGUCAAGCACACACGUCUUCUGGUACUUUGGCAACUGGCUGUUAACUGCACCAACGUGGGCAACAUGGUCAAUGCAGCGUUGGUAUCCAGAACUGUGCCUUCCAUCUGCUCACCCGGCCUCGUUUGGAACAGGUGCAUACAUGUACACCUUAGAGAAUCACAUAAACCCAUACCCUAUAAUGUAUGUUAUGGUUCACUUUGAUUAUACCGUUUUUUAGUACCUCAAGAUGUUGAUAUGAGGCAAUAAUGGCUGUUUGGCAGCAUUUUAUGAUUCACAUCACAGAAAGAUAAAAUAAAUCUUGAUGAAUGUACAGUUGAAUUGAAAACUUCCCAUAAAAGAUGUUUUAAAUGA